GAAGCACAGCAGCCCAGCUUUGUUGUGUAAACUCACUCAAUGGUGAUCGAUGGCAAUGCACUAAUUAUCUGUGUAAAAGUGAUAUUGAACGGACUGAUAAUGAUCUCCUACUACAGUGUUUCCCAACCCUGGUCCUCCAGUACACCCAACAGUACACCGUUUCAUUGUAGCUCUGGACAAACACACCUCAUUCAACUCACUGAGGGCUUGAUGAUUAGUUGACUAAAUGUGUACUGUUGGAGGUACUUGAGGACCAGGAAAUGCUGGUCAGAUAGCUCAGAGCUAGUUUAGAUGGUCAACUGAUGGGUUGAGAUGUAGUGGUACAGUUCUCACUACCUUUGGGCAUCACUGUUAUGCCUGCAGUGUGGAGCUCUUCUUCACUGGUGUUCCAACUGUUACCCAGAGACACCUCACUGCCUGGAGGAAGCUGUUACCCAGAGACACCUCACUGCCUGGAGGAAGCUGUUACCCAGAGACACCUCACUGCCUGGAGGAAGCUGUUACCCAGAGACACCUCACUGCCUGGAGGAAGCUGUUACCCAGAGACACCUCACUGCCUGGAGGAAGCUGUUACCCAGAGACACCUCACUGCCUGGAGGAAGCUGUUACCCAGAGACACCUCACUGCCUGGAGGAAGCUGUUACCCAGAGACACCUCACUGCCUGGAGGAAGCUGUUACCCAGAGACACCUCACUGCCUGGAGGAAGCUGUUACCCAGAGACACCUCACUGCCUGGAGGAAGCUGUUACCCAGAGACACCUCACUGCCUGGAGGAAGCUGUUACCCAGAGACACCUCACUGCCUGGAGGAAGCUGUUACCCAGAGACACCUCACUGCCUGGAGGAAGCUGUUACCCAGAGACACCUCACUGCCUGGAGGAAGCUGUUACCCAGAGACACCUCACUGCCUGGAGGAAGCUGUUACCCAGAGACACCUCACUGCCUGGAGGAAGCUGUUACCCAGAGACACCUCACUGCCUGGAGGAAGCUGUUACCCAGAGACACCUCACUGCCUGGAGGAAGCUGUUACCCAGAGACACCUCACUGCCUGGAGGAAGCUGUUACCCAGAGACACCUCACUGCCUGGAGGAAGGGACAGACAAGAACGUGCUGGUCACGGUCCAUCUCAGGCAGAUUCUGUGCUACGGUUCUGUUCGGAUCUCGGUUCCAGAGGAGCAGGAGGCUGGGGUCCGGGUCGGGUCCAUCGGGUCCAUGUUCCCCCCCCUUUACCAGCUCCUGACCCAGUUCUACCUCAGGGUGGACCAAGGGACAGGGGAUGUCUACACCACCGACAACAGGUGGUUAUAUAUGGCAACUCAUUCUAGGAUGGACCGAGAGGACCUGUGUCCUGACCAACCCCAGGCUGGGGAGUGUAUCGUCCCACACGAUGCCAUCGUGGGCCCUGAGGCAGAGCUGGUGAAGUUCAUGGUAGUCGUAGAGGACAUCAAUGACCACGCUCCUCACUUUGACAACACAGAGAUCCAUCUGAGUGUCUCUGAGGAUGUGGCUGUGGGGACCAGUUUCUUAUUGGACGACCAGGCAGAGGACAGAGACAUGGGACGUAACGGACGGUUGCAGUACCACCUAGAGGGAGCCGGUGGGUUUUUCAGUGUGACAGAAGAAGAAGAUGAUGAAGUGGCCAUUUUCUUUUUGGUUGUGCGACAAGGACUAGACCGCGAGAAACAGGAUCUUCAUGAGAUGACUCUAGUGGCAACAGACUGUGGCUUUAACCCACUAAGCGCCACAGCAACUUUAUUCAUAAAAGUAACUGACAUGAACGAUAACUGCCCAAAGUUUACCCUGGACAGCACCCAGAAGGUGGUUAUUACAGCGGACACACCCAGAGACACAGUAGUAGCUAGGGUCAGAGCCACAGACCUAGACCUGGGCCCCAACGCUGCUAUCACCUACUCCCUCAGCCCCAAGGUCUCAGAAUGGGCCAGGGAACUCUUCAGUCUGGACAGUCACACUGGCCUGAUCAGCCUGAAAGGAGACCUCAGAGACCGCCACAGUGGCAGUGUUAGUGACAGGGGAGAGGAGGUGGUGUUGAAAGUGUUAGCCAGCGGCCCCCACUGCCCCCCUGCAGACACUCAGGUAACCGUAUCCCUGCUCCCCGCGCCAUACCAGAAGAAUGGCAUAAAGAUCAGGUUCAUAGCAGAGCAUCAAAACCAGAUGAUAGUGUUGCAGGAAAACCAGCCCCCCACUGUCUUGGCUUUGCUAGAGCUACCGGGGGAUACUAGUAGUGUUAGAGGCUCAUCGUAUCUCUCCAUUGAAGGAGAGGUGCCGUUCUCUUUGAGCCUGCAGAAUGGCAAAUACCUCCUGUCGACAUCAAAGCCCUUAGACUACGAGAUGAAGAGUGAAUAUCAUGUUUCUGUAGUGAUGCGUGGUGGUGUCGGGGAGCCUACAGCUCAGGGCUUCCCCAGGAGAGAGAUCCAGGUGAGGGUGGUGGAUGUGAAUGAUAAUGCUCCACAGUUUCUCCAGAGUCACUAUCUGAUAGACAUAGAGGAGAAUAACCCUCCUGGGGCGUCUCUGCUGAAAGUCAGGGCGCAGGAUGUAGACAGCGGUCAGAACGGGCAGGUCACCUACAAACUGGGUCGACCGUCACACACGGCGGCAGCAAUAGCCCUUUAUAGAAUCGACCAGAACACAGGUCAGCUGACAGUUUCUGUACCCCUGGACAGGGAACAACAGGAUGUUCACAGACUGACAGUUGUAGCCAGAGAUAACGGCUCUCCUCCAUUAGAGUCCUCUGUGAUGGUGACGAUCACCGUCCUUGACCAGAAUGAUAAUGCUCCUGUCUUCCUCACCCCUCACUUCAUCUUCUUCAUCCCUGAGAAUAUACCUCCUCUGGCCCAGGUGGGGAAGGUGGGGGUGUCGGACGUUGACGCAGGGCUUAACGGGGAGGUGGAGGUGAGGGUGGUGAACAGCAGUGUUGGCCCUUUCGUCAUAGACAACGCUCAGGGGACGCUGCGCUGCAUGGCCGAUGUCGACCGCGAGAAACAGGACCGCUACGAGUUAGAGCUCUUCGCCACCGACAACGGACGCCCGUCACCUCUGACCUCCAUCGCCAGGGUAACUGUGUUCAUCGAGGAUGUCAAUGACAACCAGCCCCAGGUCAUCCUACCCAGCAGCAACCUGUCAUGUCUCACCAUCUCCACGGAGACCACCAUGGGCACCAUGGUAACCAAGAUCUACGCCAUCGACAAGGACUCAGGGUUAAACUCGGAGAUCACAUACACCAUUGCAGCGCGGGAACCACCGGGCACCUCUCCAUCAUCCCAUCACCCCGGUGACAGCAGCAGCAGUCCCUUCCAGCUGGAUCCUCGGUCUGGUAACGUGACCUUAGCCCAGAGACUCAUGGGUAAGGACCUGGGGAUGCACCACCUGUUCAUCGUGGUGAGUGACGGUGGGAAACCAGCGCCCCUCCACACCACCGUCUGGGUUAACCUGCUGGUCAACAACACCUUGGAACCAUGCCACCUGGACACCAUGCCCAGAUCCCUGCCCUACACACUGGCGCAGACGCCCUCCGAAACCCCCUCCGAGAUGCCCGUCUGCGACAGACACGCUCAGUUGAUCCUGCUGCUAGGCUUGGGCAUGAUGGUGGCCUCACUCUGUCUGUUUCUGGUGACGGUUGUUUUAUACAUGAAACAGAGGAAGAGAUCUAGAGGGGAACAACAGCAGAGGGGGGUACAUGAGGAGAAUCACAUUCCUCUACGCAUUCCAGAGAGAUAUUACUCAGAGUUAUAACGAGAGAGAGAGGCAGUGCUUGUUCUGACUGGACUCUAUAUUAUGAAUUGUUGACGUUUCUUGUAUACCUUUUUAAAAGCAUGAAAUCAGUUCUACAAUUAAAUACAUUUUCACUAUUUUCACA